UCUUCUCUCACAUUUUCCCUCCACUCUGCCUUCUUCACUCCCAGUCCCCUCACAUUCUCACUCCACUCUCUUUCUUCUCUUUCUAGGGUUUUUCCGAUUACCGAAGCGAGAGAAAUCGAGCAACCGCUAUGGCGUCGACCGCUGGGGUUUUCGGAAACCGCUGCAGAGCACUCAUGGCAGCCGCUAAGACCUCCGUCACCUCCACCACUGCCGGCUCCGCCGCUGCCAAAACUUCUGGCCGCAGAAAUGGCAUCCUGAAGACGCAGCCUGUCUCCCCUGCUCUCCGCCAGUUCGUUGGUGCACCUGAAACUUCCCGCACUGACGCCGUCAAGAAAGUCUGGGUUUACGUCAAAUCCAAAAAGCUUCAGAAUCCAAACAACAAGAAAGAGAUCUACUGUGAUGAGAAGCUGAAGACCAUAUUUGAAGGCAAGGAGAAAGUUGGAUUUACUGAGAUUGCGAAGCUGCUUUCCAAGCAUUUCCAGAAGGCUGCAUAAACAUUUCUUAGAAAAGAUAGUCUCUCUAGUCGACGGGUAGAUUUGUAAUUCAGGAAGUAGAACAUAUCCUCUUUUGUUCUCAGUCUCUUUCUUCCCCUUCUGUUGUCUUUUUGGACGAGGGAUAGUGAAUCUGGCGCACAGAUUAGAUGUUAUCUUUAUGUUAUCUCGAUGAUGGCGUAAAACUUGCAUAGGGUUUGUACGGCAAACAU